AUGCUUACCUACCAUCGAGCUCUGUUCGCGCUGCUCGGCGCAGCGCUGGGCAUACAGAGCGCUGGAGCGGUGACGGUAUACUACCCGCCUAUCCAGAGCCAGCUUAUGGCGGAAGCUUCAAUGUCGUCCGCCGUGGUGAUCGCAGGUGCAAAGUACACCGGACUGCCUGCGUAUAACCCUACCGUGCUCCAACCACCACCACCGCCUGAUCCGAGCACGAUGCCUACGCAGUUUACUAUCCAGCUGAAUAAUGCUGUCCCGCCUGCUGCGUCAAAGCAGCAGAAUGGGUCUUUUCUUGGGUUUUCGGUCGAAAUGUCGGUCGUGAAUCAAGUCAUUCCUUUCCUCAAUUUGAUGGCGAAUCUGCAGUCGCGUGUAGGGCGUAUCAAUAUUCGUGUUGGCGGAAACACACAGGAAACAGCGACGCUGGUCAACAGCACGCAGGACGGGAAGAUUCUGGAGAAGGACCUUGCAGACGUUUCCAAUCCCACGCAAACGCCUCCUCUGGUGUUCACCCCCGAGCUCCUUUAUAUGCUUAGCAACAUAUCUUCCCACGUUAAUGUGCGGUGGCAUCUUGGGGUGCCCUUCAACGACACAUCCAACUUCCGCCUGGGUAUCGUGGAGCAGGGCCAAACCAUCCUUGGAGACUACCUCAUCGGCCUCCAGAUAGGCAACGAACCCGAUCUUUAUGCAACGCAUCAGCAUCGACCUCCGACUUAUUCACCUCAGGACUAUUUUAAUGAUUUCGGGUUGAUGGUGAAUGCGCUGAAGCAGGAUCCCCUUGUAUCCCAACGCACGCAGCAGCUCUUGAUAGGACCUAGCAUUCAGUUUAUCUGGACACCUGAGCAAGUAUGGGCGACAAACUUUAUACCCGCGUACAGCGACAGUCUGGCGUUCCUGUCUGUGGAACGAUACCCGAGCGAUAACUGCGCCGUGGCCUUCCCUGAUUCUGGCGGCACCGUGCAUGAUCCACAACAGACAUUCCCCGACUACCUGACCCAUCAAAGCGCCGCCGCCCUUGUUGAACCCUAUCUUCCCUCCACCGCUCUUGCUCAACAAAGCGGAAAAGAGUUCUUGAUGUUCGAGACUAACACCGCUUCGUGCGGCGGUUUCCCGGGUAUCAGUGACUCCUUUGGUGCGGCGCUCUGGGGUGUAGACUAUGCGUUGCAGAUGGCGGCUGUCAACUUCUCCGGCGCGUUGUUCCACGUUGGAGGGCAGAGUGUGUCGUACAACCCAUUUACACCACCUCCAACGAAUGAAAGCACGUUCCACCAGUGGACUGUUGGCCCCCUUUAUUACUCUUCGCUAGUCGUCGCAGAGGCUCUUGGGCCUAGCAACACCUCACAGGUCAUGUUCCUUGAGGCUAAUAAUAACAAUUCUUUCACCCCGGCCUAUGGAAUCUGGGAGAACGGAAACUUGGCCAGGGUUCUACUGAUCAACUUUGUGUCGGACAAUUCCACACGCAGCGACCUCAGCGUGUCCCUCAACAUGGACGGUCCAGGUAUGCCAGGAACUGUAAAAGUAAAACACCUCUUAGCGCCGUCCGUUGCGCACAAGGGCAAUUUCACCUGGGCGAAUCAGACGUUUGGGGGCGUGUUCGAGUCGGAUGGGCGGCCGAAGGGCGAUGAGGUUGUCGAUACUAUCACAUGCACGCCGGCUGCGGGGGCGACGGGGAAUACGUGUGUUAUCCCUGUGCCUGCUCCCGGGGCGGCGCUCGUGUUCUUGGGCUCGGUGACGGACAACGCUGCUGCGCCUAGCACGACGUUUGCGACCACCGCCGUCACGCGGUUCCGCAACACGGCGACGGUGGACUCGCUCGUGCUGUCUACGUCCAAUGGGAGAAGCGGGAGCUCGCAGAGAUUGGGGAGUACGAGUCCGGAAAGUAAUAAGAAUGCGGCGGAUAGGUUGGGGUUGAGCGCUGGUCUGGGUGGUGUGGUUGCUGUCGUAGCACUCCUAGUUUCGACAUGGUUGGUUCUGUAA